AGAAGUGGGGGUCGAGCCGCGCUCAGUCGAGGUAGCAGUCCUGCGCCCUCGCGGCUUCUCCCCCACCCCCUGCUAUCUGGAGCUAGAGAUGCUAUUAGACUGUCAUUCCGUUGCAUGUGAGAAGUCAAUCUAGUGAUGGAAAACUUCAUUUUGUAUGAGGAGAUUGGCAGAGGAAGCAAGACUGUUGUCUAUAAAGGGCGACGUAAGGGAACAAUCAAUUUUGUAGCUAUUCUUUGUACUGAUAAGUGCAAAAGGCCUGAAAUAACCAAUUGGGUCCGUCUCACCCAUGAAAUUAAACACAAGAAUAUUGUAACUUUUCAUGAAUGGUAUGAAACCAGCAAUCAUCUCUGGCUAGUAGUGGAACUCUGCACAGGUGGUUCCUUGGAAAUGGUUAUUGCUCAAGAUGAAAGCCUCCCAGAAGAUGUUGUGAGAGAAUUUGGGAUUGACUUGAUUACUGGUUUACAUCAUCUUCAUCAACUUGGCAUUCUCUUUUGUGACAUUUCUCCUCAAAAGAUACUCCUGGAGGGGCCUGGCACAUUGAAAUUCAGUAAUUUUUGCUUUGCAAAAGUGGAAGGUGAAAAUUUGGAAGAGUUCUUUGCUUUGGUGGCAGCAGAGGAAGAAGGAGGUGAUAGUGGGGAAAAUGUACUGAAGAGAAACAUGAAAAGUAGAGUCCAAGGCUCUCUUACAUACACAGCUCCAGAAAUUGUGAGGGGUGCUGACUUUUCUGUCGCCAGUGACCUCUGGUCUUUGGGCUGUCUGCUUUAUGAAAUGUUUUCAGGAAAACCUCCAUUUUUAGAAAGUUCUUCAGAAUUAAUUGAAAAGAUUUUUUGUGAAGAUCCUUUGCCACCUAUUCCAAAAGAUUCUUCUCUUCCUAAGGCUUCUUCAGAUUUGAUUAGUUUGCUUGGUGGUUUACUUCAAAAAAAUCCUCAGAAAAGAUUAACUUGGGAAGACCUACUGCAACAUUCAUUUUGGAAGGAUGCUUUCACUAGAAAAGAUCAGAACUCAAGCGCCAAGGAUUCCAAUGUCAGCAGAAAUGUGCCGGAGUGUUCUGGAACACAAGAUUCCAAGGAGAUCUUGCACAGCCCUCCAAGCAGACAAACAAAAGGGGAGAAGAGUGGCCAGCGACUCAGUCACUCUUUCAGGCCUGAAAAUCCAACUGAGUUGCGGCCUAAGAGUACUGUUGGGGGUCAGUUGAAUGAGUCCCUGUUUCUUCUGAGUUCUCGUCCUACUCCAAGAACUAGCACUGCAGUGGGGUUAAGUCCUGGUGAGGAUAUGACUCAGAAUUUACCACAGAAGACUUCUCCUUUGACCAAGGUUACAAGUGGGCACCUGCGUCAGCAGGCCCUGGAAUCCCAGAUGAGAGAGCUUAUUUACACAGACUCUGAUCUCCUUGUCACUCCGAUUAUUGACAACCCAAAGAUAAUAAAACAACCUCCAACUAAAUUUGAUCCAAGAAUAUUGCAUCUACCAGCACAUUCAGUGGAUAAAUUAGUAUUUAUAAAAGACCAAGAUUGGAAUGACUUUUUGCUGCAAGUGUGCUCACAGAUCGACUCCACUGAGAGGAGCAUGGGGGCCUCCCGGGCUAAGCUGAAUCUCUUGUGCUAUUUGUGCACGGUCACUGCUCACAGGGACGUGGCCACCAGGCUCAUCCAUUCCCCCCUGUUCCAGUUGUUAAUCCAGCAUUUACGAAUAGCUCCAAACUGGGAUAUACGGGCCAAGGUUGCUCGGGUGAUUGGUUUACUAGCCUCACAUACAACUGAGCUUCAAGAAAAUACACCUGUUAUUGAGGCAAUUACUGUCUUAACUGAAUUAAUUAGGGAAAACUUCAGGAACAGCAAAUUGAAACAGUGCCUUUUACCAACCCUUGGGGAGCUGAUCUAUCUCAUAGCCACCCAGGAAGAAGCAAAAAGGACCCCUGGAGAAUGCGGUGCUGUUCCCUUGGCUGUGUACAGAGUGCUAAUAAGGUGCCUUCGGGAAAGGGAAGAUCAUGUUGUGAAUCACAUGGCAGCAAAGAUUAUUGAAAAUGUCUGUACUACCUAUUCUGCUGAGGCCCAGGGUUUUAUCACUGGAGAAAUUGGACCUGUGUUAUGGUAUCUAUUCAGACAUUCCACUGUUGAUUCUCUUAGGAUAACAGCAAUAUCGGCCUUGUGUAGAAUCACUCGCCAUUCUCCUACCGCCUUCCAGAAUGUUAUCGAGAAGGUGGGACUGAACUGUGUCAUCAGCUCUCUGGCCUCUGCCGUCUGUAAAGCUCAGCAGUACAUGCUCACCUUAUUCACUGCUAUGUUGUCUUCUGGGAUUCAUCUUCAGAGACUAAUCCAAGAAAAGGAGUUUGUCUCUACCGUUAUCCGUUUACUUGACAGCCCUUCAACCUCCAUUAGAGCAAAAGCAUUCCUGGUUCUUUUGUAUAUUUUGAUUCAUAACCAUGAGAUGCUGCUGCUCAGCUGCCAAGCAAGACUGGUGAUGUACAUCGAGAGAGACAGCAGAAAGAUAGCUGCAGGCAAGGAGCAGCAAAGUGGCAACGAGUACCUGUCCAAAUGCCUGGUUCUUCUCAUCCACCACCUCGUGCAGGAGCCGCCGCGUGUCCUGGGCGACAUUCUUGAUACCUUGGCCAGUGUUUCAGGUCGUAAACACCCAUCCACAGUUCAAGCGAGGCAGCUGAAGAUGUGUCUACCCCUGAUGCUUGUAGUGCUUCACCUCGUAACUUCUCAGGUAUUUCGACCUCAAGUUGUAACAGAAGAGUUCCUUUUCAGUUAUGGAACUAUUCUUAGUCAUAUUAAAUCAGUAGAUAUGGGAGAAACUAACAUAGAUGGAGCCAUAGGACUCAUGGCAUCGGAAGAAUUUAUCAAGAUCACAUUGUCAACUUUUGAAGCAAUAAUACAGUAUCCUAUUUUAUUGAAAGACCACUGCUCUACGGUUGUUGAUUAUAUUCUGCCACCCUUGGUCUCCUUGGUUCAAAGCCAAAAUGUGGAGUGGAGACUCUUCAGCUUGCGGUUGCUCUCAGAAACCGUAUCUCUCCUCGUGAACCAGGAGGUCGAGGAUGGCAAGGAGGCGAAGGCUGAUUCUCACAGCAAUCUUCUGACUCUUAUCAGAGAUGUCUUACUUCCCCAGUAUGAGCUCAUCCUCACAGAGCCUGACCCAGUACCAGCAUAUGCUCUGAAGCUUCUAGUUGCAAUGACUGAACACAACCCAGCUUUUACCAG